UAAGCCAGCUAUUUUUUGCAAAUUAAUUUUCUUUUCUCCAUUUACUACCAAUUAGUUAAUCAACUUCCUAACAUUUGAGUUUUGAAUUUGCAAUUCGAAAUCCCUUCUAGCUCUGAAAGAAACUUUUUAAAAAAAAAAGAGAGUGACUGAAUCGGAAAAGCAAUUCGAAACCAGCAAAGAUAAGAUGAAAGCUUCAUAAAAAGAUAUGUAGAAAAAGAGACUGAAUCGGAAAAUCAAUUCGAAACCGGCAAACAAAAGAAGAGAAUUUCAAAAAAAGUUAUUGCAGAAGCAUAAACAUGGCGGAGGCCGCAGUCUCAGGGACGAUACAAGAGAAGUUCGAGAACAAAAUUGAAGAGCUGAAAGGGAUGUUGGAUUUCGUGAGAGAGUUGAAAAUAGAAGAGAGGAGCAGGCUAAAAGAUUUAAUGGCUGACUUGGUCAAGUUGGCUCAAGGUGCCAUGGACAUGGGCAUUAACGACUACCGCACUAGAAACAUGUUCGAGAAGGUGACAAAGAUGCAGAUGAUAAACUUUGGAGCUGAUGAGAAAAAUAUCGGAGAUGAAAAAGAAGAGGAAGUUGUGGUGGGGUUGGAGAAAGACAUAGAGAAGUUGCUUGAAAAAAUUAUUUUUAAAGAAUCGCGGUACUUACAGAUUUUGUGUAUAAAAGGCAUGAUUGGUAUUGGAAAGACGACUCUGGCCAGACAACUGUACAAGGCCAAGGCCAAGGCCAAGGCCGGCACUAGCCAGUUCCAGCAUCGUGCUUGGGUAUUCAUUUCUAGUGACAUGAGUCACAGAGAGAUACUUAUGAAGCUGAUACAGCAAAUAGUCGUAAGAAAUGAAAGUGAUCCGUCAUUGGAAGAAAUGGGCACCCUAAAUCUCGAACGGAUGCUUCGCCAACACCUUGUAGGAAAGUCAUAUUUCAUUGUUUUGGACAAUAUGUCGAAUGAAGCGGAAUUGAAAUCCAUCUUGAAAUGUCUUCCAUCUCGAGGUCUUAUUGGAAGCAGUUUAAAGUUGCUGUUAACAAGUCGCUAUGAGAUUAAAACAACCAAUGUCCAUUAUACUCACGAGAUGAAGGCUUUGGAUUCUGAUAAGAGCUGGCAAUUGUUUAUGAAAACAAUUGAUAGAGUUACAGGUGUUGAGAACAAAUUCUCGAAGGAUUUGGAGAAGAAGGGCAAAGAGAAGCUGAAAGAAUGUGGGGGUGUGCCGAUAGCUAUAAUAGAUGUUGCAAGGCAGAAAGCAAAAGAGAGACUUUCGGGGAUGGAAUGGGAACAACUUUUUGAUUCAAUUGAUUUGAGUGAAUCAUUGAAGUCAUUGGAACCGAUGUAUCAAGAAUUGGGGGAAGAACUAAAACCACAUUUCUUGCAUUUGUCCUUUUUUAAGGAAAAUGCAAUAAUCAGAGAAGAAAAGUUGGAAAAGAUUUGGGCUGCAAAUGGAUUAAGUAGUGGAUCAGUUGUAAGGGAUUUUGCUGAUGGAUCGAUUUUUGAAGUCGUGAAGCAGUACUUUACAACAAAAAAGUGUCGCCUCAAUCCUCUGCUACACAUGAUAUCAAUCCAAAAGGCAAAAGAGAAAAUCUGCUUUGAGAUCUUAAGGAGAAAUGAUAACAGUAGGCCCUCUCAGCAUGCCCUUCAUCGUGUUAUCCAUUUUGGUAGAGAAAAGUUCUAUCAUUUCAGGAAUGAAGAUAGCAAACAGCUUAUUUCUCUCAUCUUCCAUGGAGGUGGUAGCUACUUGGACGACACUAGCUCGUCUUAUUGGGAGAGUCUUAAACUACUCAAAAUACUUGACAUGGAAGAUUUUGGGUUGAAGACUUUAUUCAAAGAAAUCGGAGGAUUGAUUGAGUUGAGAUACUUGGGAUUGAGAAAUAAUUACAUACAAAAGAUCCCACGCUCGUUGGGGGGGUUGAAAAAGCUUGAGGCUCUUGAUAUAGCUCAGAAUUUUAUGGUGGAGGUCCCAGAUAUUAUAAAGGAAAUGGACGGUCUUCGUGAUCUCCACAUGUCUAAUGUGAUUUGCUCCAGUCCUUUGCAAGUAGAUGCCCUAAAGAAUUUGGAGACCUUGACCUACAUCUCGAUUUAUGAUUGGGCAUAUGAUGACUCGCAAUUGGAGAAAAUGUUUAACCUCCGAACGUUGGGCAUUGAAGCAGUUGAUGAAAACUCAGAUGUAGGCAAUCUUUUUGAGACACUAGCUAAGCUUCCGAGCUUUGAUAAUCUUUUCAUAAGAGGGUUUCGUUUUAGAAGCAUGCCAUGUUUGGACAAAAUUGGUGUUAUACAAAGUCUCGAGACGCUAAAACUAGAUGGGCACAUAGGUAGGCUACCAAGUGCAGAUAAGAUACCUCAAGGGAUUAUGCGCAUAACAUUGGUAAAUACUUGUCUUGAUGAAGACCCCAUGCCAAUAUUAGAGAAGUUCACUCGCCUAUCGUACCUCAAACUGCGAAAUGCAUACAGUGGUCAACAAAUGGUGAUCCGACAGGGCGGAUUUCCCAUGCUCAAAGUGCUUAGCAUCAACGAGUUGUGGAAUCUUGAGAAGAUACAAGUUGAUGAUGGUGCAAUGUCGAGUCUCAGGAAUCUAGAAAUCAAUAGCUGUCCAUUUCUCGAGACGCCCCCGGAACAGAUUAAGAGGAUGCCUGAACUGCAAAAUUUAACGAUGGUAACAACCAAACACGUUGCAACAAAGGUUGGAAAAACAGAUUUGACCUCCAAAAUUUUGGAGGUGGACAUCUAUCCAUAAUCUGAAGUUGAUAUAUAUCUGAAAGAUACAAGUUGUAGAAGGUGCAAUGUUGACAGAUACGUGUACCUCGACGAGCAGAGAGAUAGAGGCUGAACUCACAGGCUUGGCCACUUCUUCACCACCAUCGUUGCUCCCGAGGGCCACCACCGGACAUCGCCACAAAGUUCAUCAACCAUGGUAUCUUGAAGAUUUUGUCUAUGAUUGUUUCCUUAAUUUAUCCAUUAUUUGGUAUCUAAUUAAUUUCCAUGUAUCGAGUCGAGCAUAAUUAUAAGCUCCAUUCAGGGUUUUCUUUGUCGGUUCUUUCCCUGAAUGCAAAAGAGAGUCGAACCGCAUUUGUAAAUAAGUAUAAAUAGAUUUAUUGUAUCCCAUCUCAAUUAAGAAAUAGUACAAUAUAAUUUGUGUG